AUGCGGAAAUAUAAUAUUCAGCAUUCGUUCUCGACGCCCUACUAUCCACCAGCUAAUGGAUUAGCUAAAGCUUUUAACAAAACAAUUGUGAAAAUAUUGAAGAAAACUAUUGCAGGAAAUAAACGUGAUUGGGAAGAGAAGUUGCAAGAAGCUUUGUGGGCUUAUAGAACCACUCAUCGUACUGCCAUGAAAGCGACACCAUACUCUCUAGUCUACGGGGUUGAACCUGUUAUCCCUAUAGAGAUGCAAGUUGCUUUGCUCAGAGUGAUUUUCAAGGUGUAUCAAAAGCAUCAGCCAUUUUGUCAGGUGAAAAGCGCCAAAUAUGUACAUGUUAUCAAUUGCCAAAAUGCCAAUGAUAACGCCGAUGAUUAUCGCCAAUGGUCAAUGCCAAUGAAUUAUCACGAGAAUAGGUCGUCGGAUGAAAAAGCUAAAUGCAAAGAUUACAACGGACCAUAA